CAAAGCACGGCCAUACCAUACCUCGUUUGGAAUUGUGCGCUGCAGUUCUGGCAGUCGAACUGUAUGAAACUAUUUGCGAAGAACUGAAAACAGAAUUUCAACAAGUGCAAUUUUUCACCGACAGCAAGGUUGUAUUAGGAUACAUAAACAACGAAACAAAGCGAUUUUAUCUGUAUGUUGGAAAUCGUGUGGACAGAAUCAGGAGAUCGACAAAACCAGAACAAUGGUCAUACGUACCUACCUUACAAAAUCCAGCCGAUGAUGCUUCUCGUUCUAUACGACCAGAAAAGCUUAAUCAAAGUCAGUGGCUUGUAGGUCCUACUCAGUUUCUUUGUAAGAAAAACACCAUAAAUAGCAAAAUUGAAGAAGACGAGUUCCCUCUUAUUUUACCAGAAGAAGAUAGAGAGGUCCGCGUGGCAAAAACACUUGUAACUAAACCUGCAAUUGGCUCUCAAAGAUUUGAACGUUUUUCUCAGUGGAAAACUCUUUUUUCAGCUAUACAAACUCUCAGAUGUUUUAUUGUAAAGCAAACUAAUAGACAAGAGUCUAGUAAAACUGAUUCGUUUCUAGAUGCACAGAAUUUAGUUAUAGGUAUUGUUCAGAGAGAAGCUUUCAGCAUUGAAUAUAAGGCACUGAUGAACAAACAGAAACUUCCUGCAAACAGUAAAAUUUUGCAAUUAGACCCGUUUAUUGACAAUAAAGGUUUACUCCGUGUUGGUGGUCGUUUGAGCAAUGCAAACAUAUUUCCCAAUGAAAUGAAGCCACUCAUCAUACCUAAGCAUCAUAUUGCAACAUUACUUGUGAGACAUUAUCAUGAAAAAGUAGCGCAUCAAGGACGCCAUCUCACUGAAGGAGCUUUGCGAUCGGCAGGAUAUUGGUUGAUAGGAGGAAAAGGUCUCAUUUCAUCUGUGAUUCAUAAAUGCAUAAAAUGUCGUAAACUACGUGGAAAAGAAGAAUUUCCAAAAAUGGCUGACUUGCCAUUUGACCGAUUAGAUCCAGCACCUCCAUUUUCAUAUGUUGGAAUUGACGUAUUUGGUCCUUGGACUAUUACUACCCGAAGAACUCGUGGAGGUCAGGCACAAGGUAAACGUUGGGCUGUAAUGUUCACAUGUCUUGUGGUUAGGGCUGUACACAUUGAAGUGAUUGAGGAAAUGUCGUCUGGUUGUUUCAUCAAUGCAUUACGUAGGUUUUGUGCUUUAAGAGGCGAAGUAAAAAUCUUAAGAUCUGAUUGUGGGACAAACUUUGUUGGGGCACUGAGUGAACUUGAUGUCAACGUUAUAAAUAUUGGAGAUCGACCAAUAAAAAACUAUCUCAGUGACAAGAACAUAAAUUGGAUUUUCAACGCACCUCACUCUUCACACAUGGGUGGCAGCUGGGAGCGUAUGAUUGGGAUAGCGAGAAAUAUUCUUAACAGCCUCUUUAUGGAAACGAAACAAUUAACACAUGAAGUAUUAACAACGUUUAUGGCCGAAGUAACAUCUAUUAUGAACGCAAGACCCCUGGUACCGAUAGAUAUGGAUCCUGACAAUUCAUUCCUGCUUACUCCUUCAACUUUGCUCACUUUGAAAAGUGAACAUACUGUGCGAUCUUUUUCAAUAGAGGACUUUUGCGAUAAAGAUUUGUUAAAAUCUCAAUGGAGAUGCGUUCAACAACUUGCAAACUCAUUCUGGAAACGUUGGAGAACUCAAUAUUUGCCUACUUUACAAAUGCGACACAAAUGGAAACAAGAGUGCAGAAACUUGACUGAAGGUGACAUUGUUCUUAUGCGUGAUGUUAGCUUGCACCGUAAUGACUGGCCUAUUGGUGUUAUUGAACAAACAUAUGCAAGCUCUGAUGGUCGCGUCCGUGAAGUUCAAGUGCGUCUCGGGAAGAACAGGAAGUUAUUCACUAGACCUGCUAAUGAAGUAGUAUUUGUUAUGUGUAAAUAACUUGUGAACUAUAUAGAAUGAGAACAUUUUUGAUUGUGUACUUGGACAAACUUUUUUGAUUUUUGAAGUAUUGUUAAAUUUUUUAUUAGUGAUAUAUUCAUAUCAGACGGGGAGUGUAAUGCCAAGAAUAUCAUUAGAGUUAUCCCUCUUUAUACGCAACCUGCAUUUUUGAUAAUUGUGGUUAAUCCGACUUGUUUUUGUUUUACACAUUGUUUUUACAUUUCCUGCAGCAUGGCUUGAUAAAUUUUUGAACAUAAUUACGAAGAACAUUAUCAUUCUCCUUGUCCCUUGGUGAAUUACGAUCUUUUCACCAAAUGUAUGUGGCUUCAUGAUCUGUCAGCUCCUGACGCAUUGAAUGUUUAAUUGAAUAAAAUGAUCUACAUAUA